AUGACGUCAUCCUGCUGCCGUCCCCGCACGGGACGGGUGCCAGGGGCCGCGGCUGCCGCUCGUGCCCGCCUGGAGCCGCCCCCGGCGCUGCGCAGCGCAGGGCGGGUCCCGGCGCAGAGCCGCUGCCGGGUACGCUGGGCCCGGGCAGCCGCCGUGCCAGGAGCUCUCGGCGGCGCGAUGCGGAUGGCGGUCGGUGCGGCAGCGGGCGAGGGGGCAGCGCAGAGCCCCGGCCCCGCCGCCGUCUCGCUGGGCUUGAGCGUGGCCGUGGUCUCCAGCCUGGUGAACGGCUCCACCUUCGUCCUGCAGAAGAAGGGGAUCGUGCGGGCCCGCGGGCGAGGUACUUCGUACUUAACAGAUAUAGUAUGGUGGUCUGGCACUAUUGCAAUGGCUCUGGGUCAAAUAGGGAAUUUCUUGGCCUACACUGCAGUCCCAACUGUGCUAGUGACGCCCUUGGGAGCUCUUGGCGUUCCAUUUGGGUCCAUUUUAGCUUCUUACUUACUGAAAGAAAAACUAAACAUUCUUGGCAAGCUGGGAUGUUUGCUGAGCUGCGCUGGGUCUGUUGUUCUCAUCAUCCAUUCCCCAAAGUCCGAGAGCGUAACAACUCAGGCUGAGCUUGAAGAGAAGCUUACAAAUCCAGUUUUCGUGGGUUAUCUCUGCAUAGUGCUGCUAAUGCUUCUCCUGCUUAUCUUCUGGAUAGCUCCAGCUCAUGGACCUACUAAUAUCAUGGUUUACAUCAGUAUUUGCUCUCUGUUGGGCAGUUUCACUGUUCCCAGCACAAAAGGUAUUGGGCUGGCUGCUCAAGAUAUCUUUCACAAUAACCCCUCGAGUCAAAGGGCUCUGUACCUCUGUCUGGUACUUCUGGCAGUAUUAGGAUGUAGCAUUAUCAUUCAGUUCAGAUACAUCAAUAAGGCACUGGAAUGUUUCGAUUCCUCUGUGUUUGGUGCCAUCUACUACGUUGUGUUUACCACCCUAGUCCUGCUGGCUUCAGCCAUCCUUUUCAGGGAAUGGAGUAAUGUAGGAGUGGUAGAUUUCUUGGGAAUGGCUUGUGGAUUCACCACCGUAUCUAUUGGAAUUGUUCUUAUACAAGUCUUCAAGGAAUUCAACUUCAAUAUUGGGGAUUUAAAUAAACCUAACAUGAAGACAGAUUAAAAUAUUUUUUGA